AGACUUUUGAGUUCCUCCGUUGACGUGUUGAAUGUUGAAUUUCUUCUCUAGUCCGAAUAUUCACCUAUGCCUCUCGUCCUCGAUUCAUGGACCUCGUUUACGAUGUCUACCAACAGCUGUAAACCACUGAAGCUUUGUCGAACUUACACGAUCAAGUGAAAGCACCCUAUUAUUUGGCGCGCGAGUAUACUGCUCUUUGCUCUAUCAUUCAUCUGACUAGAAUAAUAACAACAAUGUCUGCACCUUCUUCAAACCAACCCGUACAUGUCCCUUUAGCUGCCCAGGUGGGUGGUCAUGCCGGAGUAAUGACCACUGAGAACGGAUCGCUCUUGAUCAAACCUGCUCUCCCCGUUGAGGUCAACUUCUACCAAUCUGUAGCAUCGGAUCCCGGGUUUGCCCCUUUGCGUCCAUUCAUACCAGAAUUCUAUGGCACGCUUAAGUUAGAAGGUGUCGUGGAUCAAGAAAAGAGCGCUGAAGGGGAAGGCGUAACAGUGAAGGAGGUACCAGGGAAAGACAAAGAAUCCAUAGUGCUGGAGAACCUCUCUCAUUCAUUCUUGAAGCCGAAUAUCUUGGAUAUCAAACUCGGUACUGUCCUAUACGAUGAGGACGCUACGCCGGAGAAGAAGACGCGAAUGGAGAAGACUGCUAAGGAGACUACUUCUCUAGAAACCGGUGUACGGCUAACUGGAUUUCAGGUUUACGACCUCGCUUCAGGCCUAACAGCGAACGCGCGUCGAGAGUACGGCAAGUCGAUUAAGGCAUCUGAACUUAUCGACGGUCUUAGUCUCUUCUUUCCCAUUGCUUCUUCCGCUUCCCCUCCCGCUCCUCCGCCAGAACCUACAGAAGGCGAAACUGCCUCGCCUCCUGAGACUGGUACAGGUCUUCCCCCAUACAUCCUCCAUCCUAUCCUACAGUAUCUACGAGAGGACGUGGCAGAGAUACGCGAGGCCUUACAACGAGUUGAUAUGCGGAUGGUCGGCGCUAGUUUGUUGAUCAUCUACGAAGCAGAUUGGACGAGUGCACAGGAGGGGCUUAAGUACUUGGAGGAGAUGCACGACAAAGAGCAGGAAGAGGAAGGGGAAGAGGAGGAUGAAGAGGAAGAGGAAGAGGAAACGGAAGAGGAAGAGGAAGAGGAUGAAGAGGAGGCAAAGAAACGUCCCAGACCGCCUUACAUCGUCAAGCUCAUCGACUUCGCGCAUACUCGUAUCGUACCGGGUCAAGGACCUGAUAAGGGCGUUUUGAAGGGUGUCGAUACUGUCUUGGGGCUCUUGGACCAGAGGAUCGAGCAAGUGAAAGCUGCGCUUCCGUGAUUUUCUAGGGGUUGUGCUUACCGUUUUCACGCGUUGUGUAUGUUCCGGUCGGAAGGUAUGUAAGAUUCUGGAAGAAAUAAUAUUGAUGUGAUUCGGCAAUUGGACAAUACAUUUCCUACAGGAUUUGUGAUGACACCUUUUCGUCACCCGAAUAGCUCUCACUGUUGCUGAAUUCAGGGCUCGCUUGCUUCCGCGGAGUUGUUGAUCAAGGUGGUUAUUUGUUCGGUCAGGACAUCGUAAGGCCAGGUCUCUGUCACAUCAGCGACGUUAUUGAGAAUAUACUGGGACGAUCCUCUGUUGGGCUGUCAAACGAGUUGCACCAUUGUCCUGUUACAUGUGACUUACUUGUCUUUUCAGUGCGUUAUAGGAGCGGGAGCCAUAACCGACGUUUCCUCUG